AUGUCUGGUUUUUCCCUCAACUUGAAAAGCCAAAAGCCUGGUAAGAAGAGUGGGAAAUCGGACGGCAAAAAGAAGAGAACCAAUGUAUUCAACGACAGUGAAGCCGGGGCGGCGAAGAAAACCAAGAUACGGCUAGCCCAUGUCGACGAGUAUAAACAUCCGGACCAGGAAAAGCUUGUGAUAAAGCCUAUUGGGGUUUCGCGGCCUUUCGAAAAAACAUUGGUCGAUCCUCCAGUUGGGAACAAUGACUUGAAGUUUGGAUUAAAUACAGGAGAGGUCUCUGAGACCGAUACACCCAAGAGUCGAGUAUUUGACAAAGUGUCGGCGAAGUCUGAAAAGCAGCACGAAACAACAGACCAAAAAGACUACGAAGAUGUUCCGAUCGAGGCUUUUGGCGAUGCUUUACUCCGAGGAAUGGGUUGGGAUGGGAAAGAUGACACCGACGAGACCCCUAGUGCAACUGGACCGUCAAAUCCAGCAAACUCGGCUCCGAAGUUUCGACCCGCAUUGCUAGGACUAGGAGCCAAGCCAGGUCGAAGAUCAAAUACACACGAAAGGAUCGGCUCCUCAGCGUUUCUGCCAGUUAUUAAGGUAAGCAAAGAAACUGGCAAAAAACUAUCAAACGGUUGA